ACGCUUCCAAAAUCACGGCUCCCUCUACAGGUAGUAAGGUGUACAUUUUUCACUGACUGCUAGAAAACAAUAUCACACUGUAAUACAGUAAGUAGGACGGACACAUCAGACGCAGCAAGAUACAUACAUGUUCAACCGCAAUUGUUGUGUGAUGCAGUAUAUAUGCCGGAGUGGCGAAAGCGAGCGCAAAGCAGAUGAUUAGGCUGCAAGGAUUUUCCAGCCUGAACGUUUGUCUAUUUUUGGGAAUGUAUUUUUUUUAAAUUGACAAUGUUAUGUCUCUUUCUUUGAAUACUUACCAGUGACGACAACUUUCCCUUUUUAACUAGCCUACUUAAUCUAACGUUCGUUGGUUUGGGAAAGAAGACAAACUGCGAAUAGGGGAAAUACAUAAUUUUAGAAUGGAAAACGACUAAACCUUGGAUUGGGACAGUACAUCAUCGCGACAGCUCGCAAUGUUAAAUGCGGAAAUGCGCUAUUUUCUUUGGUUUGUAGAUAUUUCAGCUCGAUCGAGGAGAAUAAAAAGCCUUUGGGUGUCUGUGAUUGGACCGGACACGGACUGGGGCUGACUGAUGUUUUUCCAGGAGGAAAUGUUUUUUGGGGAGAGAUGAAUACGAGUUUGCUGCUGCUCGCAGCAGGAGAGAUGCCAGUCACUCCAUGCGCCACACUCCAGUGAGGAUUGUAAACGUGCCGGCAAAAACGAACAGAUUCAUGGAUAAUUCUAUGUUUAAUUUUUCUAAAAUAUUGAUGUAAAAUUGUUGUUUGAUUGCACUUUUAUUUUAUGGGUUAGAACAGAUGUCCACACCUCCACAACUUUAUCUGGCUGCUGCGUUUUCAAACCUUUCCAAGUGGAGAUGGACAUUGUGCGUUUUUGUACGGUAUUGGACUGGAGUAGCCUAUACAGUAGGCAGAACAUUAGUGCUGUCAAGCUCUGUCCUCCUGGCAAUUAUUCACGCUGACUGGUAUUGUAGAAUGCAUGCUAUUUUAUUGUGAAAGAAUAUAGUCUGUCGUUUUUUUUUGAGAAUGUGAGAUUGAACUGUCAGAAAACACAUCUCAUAUAUAUUUGAAUAUGUCUCCAAAAUACAUUUCUGAAGUUUUUGAAAAAUACUUAAAUUUGCCAUUCAGCUUCAAAAAAGAGAUGAUAAUAUAAACAACACAACAACAAAAUGUCUUGGACCAUGGCAAAAAAGUGGAUAGGGUGCUAUAUAUUUUUACUGGCACUCUUGGCAGUGGGAAUGGCUUUUUCGGGUGUAUUCAACGCAUCCGAAAAAUAUAUUUUUACGGAUGAUUUGGUGCCGCUCAAACUCACCCAGGGUAAAGCAUCAGAGCAUCGAAAACUUCAAUCUACCGAUUCUCAUCCCAACCUGUAUUUCAACCAAGUUGAUGUACAGCUUAUGAGGCAAAGAUCGUCCAGCACACACAGCCACAUUUUCAAAGUAAUCAGAGCAGCGGUCCUGACCAUGUUGUCCAAUGUGCCCCUUUACAUGCCCCCUGCAAAACAUGAGGAGUUUACUAGCAAGUGGAAUGAGAUUUACGGGAACAACCUACCCCCCCUUGCUCUGUACUGCCUGCUGUGCCCUGAGGACUCAGGUGCCCUGCAGUUUCUCAUGAAGUGUAUGGAUAGAAUGGCAAAUUACCCAGACUGGAAGGUGACCAGUGCUCCCAAUGAUGAGGUGCCCUUGGCACACUCACUUACUGGGUUUGCCACCGCAUAUGACUUUAUUUACUCAUUCCUGGACGAGCACCGACGGGAUGUUUACCUCAAGAGAAUUCGCUCUGAGACAGGGGAGCUGUAUGAAACAUCUAAGUAUAGGGGUUGGGGGAAGCAGUAUCUCCAAAAUCAUCAAACCACUAAUAUAUUAGCCAUCUUGACUGGGGCUAUUGUGGUCGGCACCCAUGAUGACUCAGAAACAAUGGUUUGGAAACAGGUGUCAGUCAAUUAUAUGGAGAAGACCAUGUUUCUCCUAAACCACGUUGUGGACGGGUCACUAGAUGAGGGCGUGGCAUACGGGAGCUAUACAGCCAAGUCGAUCACGCAGUAUGUUUUCUUAGCGCAACGUCAUUUCAACAUUGACAACACACAGAACAACUGGCUGCGGGAACACUUCUGGUUCUACUAUGCCACUCUGCUGCCCGGCUUUCAGAGGACUGUGGGCAUAGCCGACUCCAACUACAACUGGUUCUACGGCCCAGAGAGCCAGCUGGUGUUCCUAGACACAUUUGUUAUAAGAAACGGCACUGGGAACUGGCUAGCCCAGCAGAUUAGAAAGCACAGGCCCAAGGACGGUCCCAUGGGUCAGUCCUCUGCCCAGCGCUGGACUACCCUACACACUGAGUACAUCUGGUACAAUGCCCAUCUCACGGCACAACCUCCCCAUGGCUUUGGCAAAGCCAGGAUGCAUAUUUUCUCCAACUGGGGUGUGGUGACGUACGGAGCCGGGCUGCCCAACGGUCAGGGAAACACAUUUGUCUCCUUUAAAUCUGGGAAGCUGGGUGGCCGUGCCGUGUAUGACAUCGUUCAUGCAAAGCCCUAUUCAUGGCUGGACGGCUGGAAUAGCUUCAACCCAGGCCACGAGCACCCGGACCAAAACUCCUUCACUUUUGCCCCUAACGGACAGGUAUUUGUGUCUGAAGCACUUUAUGGGCCUAAAUACAGUUAUCUGAACAAUGUGCUGGUGUUUGGCCCCUCUCCCAGCAGCCAGUGUAACGCUCCAUGGGAAGGCCAGCUGGGGGAGUGUGCUAAAUGGCUGCGCUGGACAGAUGAAGGGGUAGGGGAUGCUGCUGGGGAGCUGAUCGCUGCCUCCUCCCAUAGAGACACUAUGUUUGUAAGCGGGGAGGCAGCCCCAGCUUACUCUUCUGCCAUGCGGCUGAGGAGUGUGUACAGGGCCCUUGUGCUGCUCAACUCCCAGACCUUGCUCGUACUGGACCAUGUUGAGAAGCUGGACGAUUCGCCCAUCACCUCGCAGAGUGCGUUCUUCCACAACCUCGACAUUGACUUUAAAUAUGUCCCCUAUAAAUUCAUGGACAAGUACAAUGGGGCAUUGAUGGAUGUGUGGGAUGCUCAUUAUAAAAUGUUCUGGUUUGACAGUCAGGGUCUCAGCCCAGAUACUAGGAUACAGGAGGCCGAGCAGGCUGCGGAGUUCAAAAAGAGGUGGACACAGUAUGUUAACGUCACUUUCCCCAUGAGGGGCACAGUAAGCCGAGUGGCCUAUGUGAUGCAUGGACCUUAUGUCAAAGUGUCCAACUGUCGAUUUCUGGACAGUAGCAAGAAUGGUGUCAGACUAUCUCUAGUUAUAAACAACACAGAGAAAAUUGUUUCAGUUGUUACAAACUAUAAAGACAUAGGAACAAGAUUAAGUUAUUUAGGAUUUGGGGGUUAUGCCAAAAUGGAAGACAGACAUCAGAUCAUUCGAUAUGGCCUGGGGACUCAACUGGUUCCGAAACAAAACACAGUGGACAAUCAGCUGUUUGAUUUUGGAUUCACAGUCAAUGUGAUAGCAGGGGUGAUACUUUGUGUUGCUAUUGUUUUUUUGACCCUGCAGAGAAAGUUCUAUGUGUGCUUCAGUAGACUGAUGCGCUAUGCUCUGUUCUCGGUGCUCAUACUGUGGAUAGCUGCGUUGUUGUUCGUGUCAAACACCUGCGAUCAACUCCUAUGUGGGGUCAAAUGGAAAGGUGUCAGCACUGACCCAGAGGUCAGCAAACAAAUCAGACUUUAUGAUCAGCACCGCUUUUCCCUGCCAACAGUUGUCAUAACGACCCUGCCUGGCUCAGGAUCUGAAAUACUUAAGAACCUUUUUGACAACAGCUCCGACUUUGUUUACAUUCGGGUCCCCACGGAGCAUGUUGACAUUCCAGAGACCGAAUUCGAAUUUGACUCGCUGGUUGAUGCCUGUGAGUGGUCCAGAACGGACGCCCUGCGCGGACACUUUAAAAUCAUCCAGGGCUGGCUGCACUCUCUGGUCCACAACACCAAGCUGCACUUGCAGAACAUCCAGCUAGUGGAGAGUAGCAGGGCCAAGCUGCCCCAGAGAGCCCCAGGCCCCGGCAGUGACAGGAGGAAGAGGACCAGGAGGAAGGAGCCUGCCGCGGAGCUGAGGGGCAAGAUGAGGGGCAGCCUUGACCGGGAUGCUGAGUACGUCAGGGAGAUGAGGCGCCACAUCAGUGAGUACCCCAAUGCCCGCGUGGUCCUCAACAUGAGGAGUGGAAGCUGGGGGCUCAAACUCCCCUUCCUUCAGGAGGUGGUGGGCCCGUCCCUGAGGGCCAUCAAUGUAGUCAGAGACCCCCGGGCGUGGAUCUAUCUCAUGCUCUAUAACAGUAAGCCCAGCUUUUACUCCCUUAAAAACAUUCCUCAACACCUGUCCCUGAUAUUCAAGGAGGACGGUAACAGUAGCAGUACCAGGGACAGGUGCCCAGUCUCAGCCCCUGAGUUCAGAAUGAUCCGGAGGCUCUUGUCCCACUCAGAGGCCAGCGCCGUCCUCCUACUGGCUCACCUGUGGCUGGCACACACUGCCGCAGUGCUCCGGGUCAGUGGGAGCCUCCAGGCAGAGGCCUACCUCCAGGUGAGGUUUGAGGACAUAGUCACUUUCCCCCAGGAGACAGCUGAAAGGAUCCACAGGUUCCUGGGGGUGCCGGUCACACCGUCGGCCCUCAACCAGCUCAUGUUCACCACCUCCACAAACUUGUACAACCUGAUGUACGAGGGGGACAUAUCACCAGCCAACAUUAACAUAUGGAGGCAGAACAUGCCUCGCAAGGACAUCAGACUGAUAGAGGACACAUGUGGGGUGGUCAUGAAAAGACUUGGGUACUCCAGGUUUAUCAGCUAGUUGACGUUACUGCUGCAGGUCAGCUGAUAUCAAGUUGUCUUGUUUGUAGCUGUCAAUCUUUUACUUUAAUCAUCUCUAAUGUUGUAUUUUGCACUGACCGGUAAUGGAAGGGAUAUCAUCACUGAGUCACUGAUGGGAAGUAGUAACACGGGACAAAAACAAUUAUUUAAGCCCAAUUAUUUAACUGUGUUCUGGGUUUUACUCUGUUACAUUAUACGUGGGCGGUUCUACUCACACAUGAUACCUUGUGUUUGCAAGUGAGGGAUGUUUUACAUUAAAAUUAGUUGAAGGGGAACUUUAAAAGUCAAAUUAUUUGAUUGUGUUUUCUCCCUAUUAUCCCUGGACAAUUACUUUAAACACUCUUUGUUGGAGUCAGAUUUCCUCCCUUUGAUGUCUUACAGUUGUAUCUUAAAAAGUCUCCCAAAAAACAGCAAUGUCUAAACAGAUUAUUUUUGUAAAGCUGUUUGGAGCUUAGAAAUACAAUAUGUUCCUAGUGCUUAAUUGUUUUUUAAUAUAUAUAUAUAUAUAUAUAUAUAUAUAUAUAUAUAUAUACACACACUACCGUUCAAAAGUUUGGGGUCACUUAGAAAUGUCCUUGUUUUUGAAAGAAAAGCACAUUUUUUGGUCCAUUAAAGUAACAGAAAUACAGUGUAGACAUUGUUAAUGUUGUAAAUUACUAUUGUAGCUGGAAAUGGCAGAUUUUUUAUGGAAUAUCUACAUAGGCGUACAGAGGCCCAUUAUCAGCAACCAUCACUCCUGUGUUCCAAUGGCACGUUGUGCUAGCUAAUCCAAGUUUAAGUUUAAGGCUAAUUGAUCAUUAGGAAACCCUUUUGCAAUUAUGUUAGCAUAGCUGAAAACUGUUGUCCUGAUUAAAGAAGCAAUAAAACUGGCCUUUAGACUAAUGGAGUAUCUGGAGCAUCAGCAUAUGUCGUUUCAAUUACAUGCUCGAAAUGGCCAGAAACAAAGACCUUUCUUCUGAUACUCAUCAGUCUAUUCUUGUUCUGAGAAAUGAAGGCUAUUCCAUGCGAGAAAUUGCCAAGAAACUGAAGAUCUCAAACAACGCUGUGUACUACUCCCUUCACAGAACAGGGCAAACUGGCUCUAACCAAAAUAGAAAGAGGAAUGGGAGGCCCCGGUGCACAACUGAGCAAGAGGACAAGUACAUCAGAGUGUUUAGUUUGAGAAACAGACUCCUCACAAGUCCUCAACUGGCAGCUUCAAUAAAUAGUACCCGCAAAACACAAGUCUCAACGUCAACAGUGAAGAGGCAACUCCGGGAUGAUGGCCUUCUAGGCAGAGUUGCAAAAAAAAAGCCAUAUCUCAGACUAGCCAAUGAAAAUAAACAAUUAAGAUGGGCAAAAGAACACAGACACUGGACAGAGGAACUCUCUGUAAUCGAACCCACAAAUGCUGAUGCUCCAGAUACUCAACUAGUCUAAGGCCAGUUUUAUUGCUUCUUUAAUCAGAACAACAGUUUUCAGCUGUGCUAACAUAAUUGCAAAAGGUUUUUCUAACGAUCAAUUAGCCUUUUAAAAUGAUCAACUUGGAUUAGCUAACACAACGGGCCAUUGUAACACAGGAGUGAUGGUUGCUGAUAAUGGGCCUCUGUACGCCUAUGUAGAUAUUCCAUAAAAAAUCUGCCGUUUCCAGCUACAAUAGUCAUUUACAACAUUAACAAUGUCUACACUCGAUUUCUGAUCAAUUUGAUGUUAUUUUAAUGGCCCAAAAAAAUUGCUGUUCUUUCAAAAACAAGGAGAGUUCUGAGUGACCCCAAACUUUUGAAUGGUAAUGUAUAUAUAUAUGUACAGUUGAAGUCGGAAAUUUACAUACAGCUUAGCCAAAUACAUUUAAACUCAGUUUCACAAUUCCUGACAUUUAAUCCUUGUAAAAAUUACCUGUCUUAGGUCAGAUAGGAUCACCACUUUAUUUUAAGAAUGUGAAAUAUCAUAAUAAUAGUAGAGAGAAUGGUUGAUUUCAGCUUUUAUUUUCUUCACAUUCCCAGUGGGUCAGAAGUUCACAUACACUCAAUUAGUAUUUGUUAGCAUUGCCUUUAACUUGGGUCAAACCUUUCGGGUAGCCUUCCACAAGCUUCCCACAAUAAGUUGAGAGAAUUUUGUCCAUUCCUCCUGACAGAGCUGGUGUAACUCAGUCAGGUUUGUAGACCUCCUUGCUCGCACAUGCUUUUUCAGUUCUGCCCACAAAUUUUAUAUAGGACUGAGGUCAGGGCUUUGUGAUGGCCACUCUAAUACCUUGACUUUGUUGUCUUGAAGCCAUUUUGCCACAACUUUGGAAGUAUGCUUAGGGUCAUUGUCCAUUUGGAAGACCCAUUUGCGACCAAGCUUUAACUUACUGACUGAUGUCUUGAGAUGUUGCUUCAAUAUAUCCACAUAAUUUUGCCUCCUCAUGAUGCCAUCUAUUUUGUGAAGUGCACCAGUCCCUCCUGCAGCAAAGUACCCCACAACAUGAUACUGCCACCCCCGUGCUUCACGGUUCGGAUGGUGUUCUUCGGCUUGCAAGCGUCCCCCUUUUUCCUCCAAACAUAACGAUGGUCAUUAUGGCCAAACAGUUCUAUUUUUGUUUCUUCAGUCCAGAGGACAUUUCUCCAAAAAGUAUGAUCUUUGUUCCCAUGUGCAGUUGCAAACCGUAGUCUGGCUAUUUUAUGGCGGUUUUGGAGCAGUGGCUUCUUCCUUGCUGACCAGCCUUUCAGGUUAUGUCAAUAUAGAACUCGUUUUACUGUGGAUGUAUAUACUUUUGUACCUGUUUCCUCCAGCAUCUUCACAAGGUCCCUUUCUGUUGUUCUGGGAUUGAUUUGCACUUUUCGCACCAAAGUACGUUCAUCUCGAGGAGACGGAAUGCGUCUCCUUCCUGAGCAGUAUGAUGGCUGCGUGGUCCCAUGGUGUUUAUACUUGCAUGCUAUUGUUUGUACAGAUGAACGUGGUACCUUCAGGCGUUUGGAAAUUGCUCCCAAGGAUGAACCAGACUUGUGGAGGUCUACAAUUCGCUGAUUUCUGUUGAUUUUCCCAUGAUGCCAAGCAAAGAGGCACUGAGUUUUAAGGUAGGCCUUGAAAUACAUCCACAGGUACACCUCCAAUUGACUCAAAUUAUGUCAAUUAGCCUAUCAGAGGCUUCUAAAGCCAUGACAUCCUUUUCCGGAAUUUUCCAAGCUGUUUAAAGGCACAGUCAACUUAGUGUAUGUAAACUUCUGACCCACUGGAAUUGUGAUACAGUGAAUUAUAAGUGAAGUAAUCUGUCUGUAAACAAUUGUUGGAAAAAUGAUUUGUGUCAUGCACAAAGUAGAUGUCCUAACCGACUUGCCAAAACUAUAGUUUGUUAACAAGAAAUUUGUGGAGUGGUUGAAAAACUAGUUUUAAUGACUCCAACCUAAGUGUAUGUAAACUUCCGACUUCAACUGUAUAUAUAUAUGAAUAAUGUGUUCCUAGUGCUUAUAUAAAUAUGUAUAUGAAUAAUGUGGACUGUAUUUUCAUAAAAAUGUAUACAGGAAAUGUUUUAUGUUGGACAAGUAUGCCAUCAAGGACUUUUAUUUGAAGUUCAAAGAUGUCAUAACAUGUUAAUGGUUUAGCACUUUGCAGGGAUUCCCUCAGAUUAUCUGUGAAAGACUAUACAUUUUAAGCCUUUAAAAUCAAGUUGAAGUAAUUAUUCAAAAUGGUAAUCUUAGGUUGUUGGUUUUCUGGCGGAAAAGAAAAGCAAUGCCGUGUUACAAACACACAUACCCCAAAGGCUAUAACAAAUUAAAAUGGAAAUUAAUACCAUGAUCAUGACAUGAUGUUUAACCCUUUCAUGGCAUCCAUUGAGUUAAAUCCAAAGAGGGUCAGCUCCAUAGAGAUCAAACUGGGCUAAACGACAGCCCUGACACAGUUUCAGUCUGAGCUAUUCCAAAGCAUCCCCCCAGCUACCCAUAUUAAUCUGCAAAACACCAUAACUGGGGCUCUGUCCUCUGUUUCUGCGUUAUCUUCACUAGGCCCUAGAGGAAAUGCAAACAACGCAAGUUUCCAUUUCCUGUCGCGCUCAAUCAGAUAUCUAAUGAUCUUUCAGGACUUUGUCCUCAAACAGUUCACUAGACAGCAGCUUCCACUGGUUAUGAAUAUUAAGUGUGUAUUAAAAGGAAGUCUAGAAGUUUUAGUUUUCUGGGUUGUUAUGUUCUAUUCUAUAAGCCACCAGUGUGGACAAAAUAUAGUGAGUCUUUUUGAGUUUAUAUUUUAUUCUUAAUGUACAUUUAAAUAAUUGGAUAUUAAACAACAUGGAAAAAAUACACACUCCAAAACUGCCAUUGUGUAUGUAAAGAAAUAUACGUAUCAUAUCUUACAGAAAUAUCAGUCCUUUCUCAGCCAGAAACUGUCCUGGUUUUCCACUAUGAACACUGAAACCUGUGAUUGCUUGGAAAACCUGUUUGAUGUUGUGGUCUUUGACUGUGUGUAACUUGGCAGCCAUGCUCUCUCUUUGGUGUUGCAAUCCUGUUACCAACUCUGUUUUGUAGUUGCUUGUGGGGAUGUGUUUCCUUGCUUCUGUGGCCUUGAAUUACAAACAUACUUCUCUACAUCUGGUUUUAAUGGGCUCCAGAGCAGGAUGCUGAGACAAUGUAAAAGAAAACGAUACAUUCUUAAAUACAGUACAUUGACAACCAGUGACUAAUAUGAUCCAUUGCAUCAUUGAAUUCACUUUGUGGUUCUCUUUUGUAGUUCCAAAAACGGAGGCUGCUUCAUCACUUUAUAUGGUAAUCAAGGUAUAUUAUAGCUCUUUCUAGGAAAUUGGUGACAGAAACCUAACUGCCUAUAUGUGUGCCAUGCAUGACAUGGAACAGCCAUUAAAAUCCUGUAAAGAAA